AUGCUUUCGAUAUUUGGGUGUCCAGUAAAAAUUUAUAACAAUAAAGAAACAGCUUUAUUAAAUGUAAGAAAUAAUGAAACCAAUGAGAUAGAAAAAAUUAAAUUAUACGAUUAUGUUCAGAAAAAUUGCCCUUCAUUAAUUGGAGAAAAAGCUUAUUAUUAUCCUACUCCUUGGAUUGGAAAUGGUCAUGCUCAAACUGCUUAUGCUGCUUAUCAAAACUUUGAAGGAAUCCACUUAAUUGAUUAUGAGAGGAAAUUUGUUUCUACCUCUGAUGGAGGACAAAUUGCUGUCGAUUGGACUCCUCCAGUUAGUAACAAACCAUUUGAUAAUACUCCGACGAUUAUCGUCUUACACGGAUUAACCGGAGGAAGUCAUGAAUCGUAUAUUAGAUGUUUAUUAGAAAGUCUAGUUAACCCGCCGUAUAAUUAUAGAGCUGUCGUAAUCAAUUUUCGUGGGUGUGCAGAGUCUGAUAUUACAUCACCAAGACUUUAUUCGGCCGGCGUAACUGAUGAUAUUAGACCCGUUAUCAGUUAUAUUAAAAAAUGUAUUCCUAAUGCUCCUUUAAUAGGUAUUGGAUUUAGUAUGGGUGCAAAUAUGUUAAUUAAGUAUCUAGGAGAAGAAGGUGAAAGAACUCCUUUGUUUGCCGCGGCUUCAGUUGCGAAUCCUUUUGAUUUAAUUGGUGGAACCAGAUCGUUGGAAAGGACUUACAUUGGAAAGUACGUUUAUUCACCAACUAUGGCGAAUAAUCUUAAAAAGGCACUUGCAAGACAUGAACAUAUCAUGAAAGAUGACAAAAGAUUGGAUUUGGAAUACGCAAAAUCGGCAUUUACGUUAAGAGAGUUUGAUGCAAGAUUAACCGCAAUAAGUUUUGGAUAUGAAACAGUAGAUCAUUAUUAUAGAGACGCCAGUUCGUCACAAUAUAUAACAAAGGUCAAAAUACCAUUGUUAUGUUUAAACGCUGAAGAUGAUCCAGUUGCUUCACACGAAUGUAUCCCUUUUGAUGAAUGUAUUUAUAACCCAAAUAUUAUUUUAGCAACUACUUAUUAUGGUGGUCAUCUUGGUUGGUUUACCGGUUGGUGGCAACCAACUAGAUGGUGUAUUAAACCAUUAUCUGAAUGGUGUAUUGCCCUUUUAAAAACCUGUAAAAAUCCUAAUAAUAAGUCAUUUUUAAAUGAUGAUGAAAAUAAUUUAAGCGAGGAAGAAACUGUCUUUGAUGAAAAUUAA